AGCCUCUGCCAGAGCUGGUGAAAGAGAGAGGAGCCUCUCUCGGUGGUGGCCCACGGACUGAUAGAGCACGCGAAAAAAACAAACAAAUAAAACAAAAACACAUUUGGAGCUGUUUUACGCGCCGGACCUCUGGCGAGCAUCCUUUUUUUUGUGAAAAGACAUUCACUCUGCACCGCCACUUUCCUAUUCGGAGGGCUGAGGACAAAUUGCUGUCAGCUAACUUCCACAGUAGGUCGCUGCGACGCUGGGCUGCCGCUGCUGCUGCGACUGCAUAUGUUUUAUCUGAGCUCCAGUGUUUGACUCAAGCCCUUCAGCGCCGAGCCCAAAUGCUGAGGAAUGGAUAGUGCGCGUGCGAAAGGAGGGAAGAUGGUCGAGAGUGAUGAGAAACCGCCGGAGAGGGAUAGAGGUGGUGGUGGCGCAGCGAUGGCCGCACUACAUCAAUGCGAACUCAUCCAGAAUAUGAUUGAUAUCUCCAUCUCCAGUUUACAGGGGCUCCGGACCAAAUGUGCGGCGUCCAACGACCUUACGCAGCAGGAAAUACGCACUUUAGAGGUGAAGCUAAUGAAAUACAUCUGUAAACAGCUGCAGUGUAGGCAGAAAGUCCCAGAGGCAGAGAGACCCCAGGCACUGGACGGUUACCCACACUUACGAGACUGGCUUCGUAUCAUCAACCUGCGACCAGAACUCAUUGAGGCUAUAGAAGCAGACUCGUCUCUGGAUGUCUUGCUGCAGAUGACUGGGGCUCAGGUGAGGGACACCAUGCGAAGACUAGACUCCAGCUCUGAAGAAUGUGCCAGACUCAUUGCUGCCCUCUCCUGUCUAAAGAGUGCCACUGAAUCAGGAGGUGAGUUUAGAGAUGAUGGCAGCCCUUGGUUGUCAGAGCCCACCAGACGGGACAGUGGAUCCCUAUUGACCGCUGACCAGCUGUGCAACAUGGGGACCCCUCUCCGAUCUCACAGCCCCUCCCCUCUGGCACGCCCCUCCACCAUCCAGUCCACACCCUCCACACCCAGUGCCACCUUCCCUCACCCGCGCUCUAGCUCCGUGUCGGCUGCCCCCACCCCAGAUGCCCACACUCCCCUACUGCAUGGAGAUAGCCCCCUGACGGACCCCUUUCCCAUGUCCUUGGCGCAUGCUGCUAGACUCCAUGGGCGCACUUCCACUCCCCCCAUCACCCCUCCAUCGAAAAGGCGCCACAGACUGAAGCCCCCCUGCACACCCCCACCUCCAUCCCGAAGAGUGAUGCAUCUGCUCCCCAACAUCACCCUGACGCGCAGCAAGAGCCACGAGUCGCAGCUGGGGAACCGUAUUGAGGAGCCACCGGCUAACAAGUCUGUAAAAAAGAAUAAAUUAAUUUUGAAUAUGCAAGUGAAUGGGAACGGCUGUGAGGACUCGCCCUCUCGAUACCCGGCUUUGACCGCUCGGACCCCUGGAGCCACCCCAAUCAACACAGCACCUUACACCCCUUCAGGCACACCCACACUUCUAGAAGAGCACAGUAUCAUCAAGAAUAAUGUAACCGUGCAUCGCAGCUCCCCACAAGCACUGAGGAGAGACAUAGGCCUUGCAGUCACUCACAGAUUUUCUACAAAGUCCUGGUUGUCACAGACUUGUCAAGUGUGUCAGAAGAAUAUGAUGUUUGGUGUCAAAUGUAAACACUGUCGAUUCAAGUGCCACAACAAAUGCACAAAGGAAGCACCCUCCUGUAGAAUCUCUUUUCUACCAACCAUUUCUUUUCUAGUCGCCAAAAUUAGAAGGACUGGGUCAGUCCCUUCAGAUAUAAACAAUCCAGUAGACCGACCAUCCGAAGUACCACAGUUUGGGACGCUACCAAAGGCCAUCACCAAAAAGGACCACCCUCCAGUGAUGAACCAGCUUGAUUCCAGCAGUAACCCGUCCUCCACGACAUCAUCUACUCCGUCGUCACCUGCACCAUUUCAACAGAGCAACCCACCCAGUGCCACCCCACCACCUAACCCCUCCCCUAAAGGCCACCGGGACAACCGCUUCCACUUCCCAGCUGCCUGUUACUUUCAGCAUAGACAACAGUUUAUCUUCCCUGAUGUUUCAAGUCCUUCUGCAUUGCACACUGACAUCCUUCAAGACACAGUGAAUGAACAAUCAUCGGAGGACAUACCUUCUGAUUUGGUGGAGGAUGAAGAUGAAGAGGAAGCAGAGGAGGAGAUUGAGGUAGAGGAAGAAGACCCAGAUGAAGAAGAGGAAAAUGAGGAGGAGGAGGAAGAGGAGGACCAGGAGGAUGAAGGAGAGGAAGAGGAGGAAGAUGAAGCAGAAGAGAUGAGGAUGAGUGUGGACUCAGAUGGAGAGUGUGAUGCAGACGAGCUGGAGGAUUUACCCAGCUCUCAGGGAAACCAGUGGAAAGGACCUAUCUCCAGAAAGGCCAGUCAGACCAGUGUAUACCUGCAGGAGUGGAACAUCCCUUUUGAGCAGCUUGACCUUGGGGAACUCAUUGGGAAGGGCCGCUGGGGGCGAGUGCACAAGGGGCGGUGGCAUGGAGAAGUGGCAAUUCGACUUCUGGAGAUUGACGGGAACAACCAGGACCAUCUGAAACUGUUUAAGAAAGAAGUGAUGAACUACAGGCAGACCAGGCAUGAGAAUGUGGUACUGUUUAUGGGCGCGUGCAUGGCCCCACCACACCUGGCUAUUAUCACAAGUUUCUGCAAAGGGAGAACACUGUAUUCAGUCGUGAGAGACACAAAAAAUACUCUUGAUAUCAAUAAAACCAGACAGAUCGCCCAGGAGAUUGUAAAGGGAAUGGGCUAUCUCCAUGCAAAAGGAAUCGUUCACAAAGACUUAAAAUCAAAGAAUGUGUUUCAUGACACCAACAAAGUGGUGAUCACAGACUUUGGGCUCUUUGGUAUCUCUGGAGUUGUGCAGGAGGGCAGGCGUGAAAACAAACUUAAACUUCCUCAUGGAUGGAUUUGUUAUUUGGCGCCUGAGAUCGUACAGAGGAUGAGUCCAGGUAACAAUGAGGAUCGCCUUCCUUUCUCUUGUGCAGCUGACGUCUAUGCCUUUGGCACUAUAUGGUAUGAGCUCCAAGCACGAGACUGGCCAAUCACCAACCAGCCUGUAGAAGCCACUAUCUGGCAGGUGGGCAGCGGUGAGGGCAUAAAGAAGGUCUUGGCAGAGAUUAGUCUUGGCAAAGAAGUGACUGAGAUCCUCUCAGCCUGCUGGUCUUAUGACUUGAGGGACAGGCCGACCUUCACGCAGCUGGCGGACAUGUUGGAAAAGCUGCCCAAACUGAACCGCAGACUGUCCCACCCCGGACACUUCUGGAAGUCUGCAGAGUUGUAGCAGUGCCCUGUGUGAAAACACAAAUACUUAAGCAAUGCAAAACAAAGCCUGGGUCUGCCUUGCAUGCUCCUGAAUCCUUAACUCUUUGUGGGAUCGAUCAAAGCAUUGCCUCUGCCUGACAGACACUGCUUCCACUAACCCCCGGUCUGAUCUUCCACGUCUAACUGUAACUGAGUUUGCCGUCAGCGGAUUUCUCUUCUGCCUUUCCGUGUUGAUUUUAUGUGAAGUUAAAGGGAAUGACUGACUCGUGCACUGUGCUCUGUGCCUGCUGAAAGUCCGCUCCAAUCCUCUGUCUCUCUCUACUGCUUACACUGGUAACUCUCACCCCAAAACCAUAACAGUAAACAUACUUGUGGGAGUACAACAUCACUGGACCACCAUCACUUUUCUGUAUAUGUUUGUAUGCACCACGUCCACAGAACCAGUUGUUAUUGUUUUGGUAGUUAGAGUGGUCAUGUUUGCAGUGGUUUCUUUGUUUUACUGCCCAGUGUUGUAACAUCUGGUCAAAUCACAGUUUACAGAUGUACUGUAUAAGUGCACUCAUAUUCUAUGUCCAGAAAAUAAGGAGUCAAUAACUAAAUAAGAUUUGGUGAAUAGCAUCUCAAUGCACAACUAUGACUUUUGCUAAUAUGUUAGAAACAGUCAGUAAUAAUUAAAAAAACUCAUUUUGGACACCUCCCAUUAUGCAAAAGAAUAAAAUGUUGCAACUCUUUAAACACACUGGUGGUAACAGGUUUAAAACUGCACCUUAAAAAACAACACAUUGUCAUAAGCUGUGUAGUAGAAAGUCAGUCCAGAGGAGGGCACUAGAACGCUCUAUCUCCUCCCCUGGCAUCUCGUGCACGGUCGUGUCAUUGCUGGUUUUAUCAGGGCAUGUUUGCGUUUGUGUCGUGCGUUGGAGUGGCUGUCACUGUUAGACUCUGUCAGGGUGCAUCUGUGUAAGACUGCAGUACAUGUUGUAAAUACUUUGUUUGUGAACAUCCAAUUAUGGAUCGGGAUUUCUCUGUAAAAUUUGUACAAAACUUUUAUAUGUAAGAUUACUUAAUGACAUUUUUGAAUAGGUACUGCUCUGGCUAUUAAAGAUGUAUAUAUAUUUAUAUUUUUCCAUGUAAAAAAGACUGUAAAAACACUGUACAUUUUUUAGAAUGGGCCAAUACAUGUUUUUUAUGUUCUAUGUAAAAAUCAUAUUUUUGUAUUGCAUGUGAGUACCAUUCUGUAUGGUUUCUGUUUUCAUCCACGGGGGACAAUAAAAUUAAGCUUGACAUGUGCAGAAAA